UUAUAUUAAAAAAUAAAAAGGAAAUAGAAGUUGAAAUUGUUCUUGAGGGUUUAGGACAUCUUGUUAACAAUGGAGAGCAUAAUCCAUAGAGGCCCCUUAUAUUGAACAAUGUUUGUAACAGCAGCAAAAGGAAGAUUUCACACUGCCUAGAUUUUCCACCCUUUGGACUCGGGACCAUCCUAAUUCAGUUCUUGCUUUCUUGAGAAACACCAAAAAUCCCUUUUUUCUUGUUAUGUUCCAUCAUUACCAUCACUGCUGUCUGCCCUUUUAUCAUAACCCCUCUUUCAUUCUUGGAAAAAAAAAAAAACUUUUUUUUUUCAGUUUUUUCCCCUGUUUUUUGGAUGUGGGAAUGAACUGUGCGGUUUGAGGUAUGGCAUUGUGAUGAGAAAUUGAUAGAAUGGAUUGCAUGAAGUUGGGUUGUAAAGCAGACGUGUUUCACAUGGAGGGCCAGAGUUGGCUGUGCACCUCUGGCCUUCCCAGUGAUGUUUGCAUAGAAGUUGGAGAGAUGUCAUUCCAUCUUCACAAGUUUCCUCUGUCGUCAAGGAGCCAAUUGCUGGAGAAACUUAUCCAAGAAUUUUCUGCAAGCCAGGAGAACGAGGAAGAAACAAAAUGUGUUUUGUCUCUUCACGAUUUGCCUGGGGGAGCAACGUCCUUGUUGCUCAUAGCCAAGUUCUGUUAUGGUGUUAAAUUCGAAAUUACUGCUGCAGAAGUAGUCAGUCUCAGGUGUGGCGCUGAGUAUCUUCAAAUGACCGAAGAUUAUGGAGAAGGGAACCUCAUCUUAGUAACAGAAGUUUUCCUUGAUAACGUGCUCAGAAGCUGGGUAGAUACGAUUAAAGCCCUUGAAACUUGCGAAGCAGUGCUUCCCCUUUCGGAAGAACUUCAUAUAAUUUCAAGAUGCAUCGACUCCCUUGCUACUAAAGCUUGUGCCGGUCCGACUCUUUCCAGUCUGCCUAUGUCAUGCCUGAGUGCCGCUCAGAGUCCAACAGCUCCAUGGAAUGGGAUACAUUCAACUUCCAAGCCAUGCCCCAAGACAGAGGAUUGCUGGUACAAGGAUGUUGCAACUCUUGAACUCCCUCUCUUCAAAAGGUUGGUGCUGGCUGUUGGUUAUAAGGGCAUGACAUCCGACAGAAUUGCCGGGUCGAUAAUGUUCUAUGCUACAAGGUAUCUCCCCUUGAAUGGCAGGCAAUCGAGCUUUCCCCAAAGAAAUCCAGGAUCAAGAAUCCCCAUUAUGUCUGAUGCUGAUCAGAGGACUCUAAUUGAAGAGAUAAUCAGGUUACUCCCAAAUCAAAUGGGUGCCACACCUACCAACUUCUUGCUACGACUUCUACGAACAUCCAUGAUUUUACAGGCUAGUCCAACAAGCCGAGAGACCUUGGAAAGGAGGAUCGGGGCCCAACUGGAUGAAGCAGUUCUGCAGGACCUUCUUAUACCGAACACGGGCUACUCUGUCGAGACCCUUUAUGACAUCGAAUGUGUUCAGCGGAUAGUCAGUCAUUUCUUGUUUGUGAAUCGGGAGGACCAUGAUUCCAACUUCAACUCUGUGGUAGAGGAGGACCAGUUGGCAGACAGUUAUCAUUCACUUACGCCUAUGACAAUGGUGGCUAAUUUGUUAGACAAGUAUCUAGCUGAGGUUGCACCAGAUGUCAACUUGAAACUGGACAAAUUCCUGUUACUUGCUGCUACAAUCCCGGACUAUGCUAGGCCGACAGAUGAUGGAAUUUACCGAGCGAUAGAUAUAUACUUAAAGGCACAUCCCUGGUUGACAGAUUCAGAGAGGGAACAGCUCUGCCGGCUCAUGAACUGCCAGAAGCUCUCCUUAGAAGCCAGCAGCCAUGCAGCUCAGAAUCAGAGACUACCGUUGCGGGUCAUCAUCCAAGUUCUAUUUUAUGAGCAGCUACGACUACGGACGUCCGUUGCUGGUUGGUUCUUCGUCUCAGACAACCUCGAAAACUCACAAAACUUAAGUGGAAGCAUCGGACAAACAGAGGACCGUGCCAUCCCAGUGAACUCCAAAAGAGGCCAAAUCUCCACACUUAAUGACAUGCAGGAACGGGUGUCCGGGCUUGAGAAGGAGUGCGAGAACAUGAAACAUGAGAUAGAGAAGCUCGUGAAGACAAAGGGAAGCUGGAGCAAUUUUCGUAAGAGAUUUGGUUUAAGGUUUAAGUCCAAAUCAUUCGACUUCAAGUCGACAAUGUUGCCGUGCAAUGGAGAAGCACUUCAACCAUCAAGCAAAGCUGUUCUGGAUAAGAAACAGGAUCAUGAUCAGAGCAAGUUAGCUAAUUAAUUUUGGAAGUUUAGGUGAAUUCUUACAUAGAUAUGUCAUUCUUUUACUUCGUAUGAUCCUAACCUUUGGCAUAUAAACUAGGCUGUGGAUGUUAAGAUUUGAUCUUGUUUCUUCUGCCAACUUUUUUAUUUUAUUUUUUAA